AGGCAUUACCAAUCAACAGACUUCCUCCUAACUGACUGACGUAAUCUAUCUGAGAUUUAACUUCAAGGCAACUUUUAAGAAGUGCAAAAACAAGAAAUAAGCAAACCGAAUCUAAUAGGUCAUACAAAUACCAUUUGUUUUAUUUGACUGGUGCAAACAACCCUAACUUCAAAGAAGCCAAACGUUUGCAAGAAUAAGAAAAAAACUUAAAAUAUACGGCGCAAGCUCAGUAAGGGUGGUGUCUGCUGGUAGUGCUGAGCAAACUGUAGCAUUUUGGUUUACGAGUGGCUGAGAGAGAGACGCGGUUUUAAUGUUUGCCGGAUUUAAUAGUCAUUUUGGAAGUUUUGCUCUGGAAAUGAACUGGUAACUUUAAAAUUGUGUCGUGCCGUUCUUGCAACAAGAAUAAGAAAGGUUCAGAAACGCUGUAACUUUGAGCCAUUGGGUUGGGGUUGGCAGAUUGUGUAGACCUGCGUAAUCCUGCCUGUGUUUGUGCCGAUGCAAACGCAGCAUUCUCCCACAGACCCGAGGUUUUCACAGAGUUGUCAUGCCAGAAGGAUCACUCAGUGCUCUGUAUGAGGUACCAAUGGGUGAAGAAUCCCCUCGGUUGUCCACCUCCUCAUCAGUGAGCAGCAAUGAGAGAAUGUCCACAGUCACAGUCUCGGAAUGCUCAGCCUCGGUCAGCGCAGACUUCUCGGACACUGACCGGCCAGUGAGCGUGGUGUCCACUCUCUCCUCAGGGUCCUCUCGGGACGGGCAGAGCCUGUACGGCAGCACGGCCGCCUUGACCGCUACCACCGCGACUACCUGCCAGUCAGAACCCCAGCAGCGAGACGAGACAGACAUUGACUUGGAACUGAGGCCCUCAGCAGCAGACAUGGGUACCGAGGUGUCGGACAAGGUGGAGGUCAGCCUUCGAGCGAGCCGCUCACGCAACAACAACAACAACACAGCGAACAGGGCCAGCAUGGAUGGCUCACGACAGCCCCCGCUCUCGCCCUUCGCCGCCAAAGCCAUGGCCCCCAAUCCCAAACUCAGCUACGUGGACCGUGUCGUCAUGGAGAUCAUUGAGACAGAGCGCAUGUAUGUGCGAGACCUGCGCAGCAUUGUGGAGGAUUACCUGGCCCAUAUCAUUGAUACACCAGAGCUGUCUAUCCGACCUGAACAAGUCUGUGCUCUCUUUGGAAACAUUGAGGAUAUCUACGAGUUUAACAGUGAACUUUUGCAAGCUCUGGACAUGUGUGAAAACAACCCUGUGGCUAUUGCACAAUGCUUUGUAGAGAAGAGUGAUUAUUUUGAUAUCUACACUCAGUACUGCACCAACUACCCCAACUCUGUUGCUGCCUUGACAGAGUGCAUGAGGGACAAGUUUCUGGCCAAGUUUUUUCGAGAGAGACAGGCAUCGCUGAAGCGCUCCCUCCCACUGGGGUCCUAUCUGCUCAAACCCGUCCAGAGGAUCCUAAAAUACCACUUGCUGCUCCAGGAGAUUGCCAAGCAUUUUGACCCGCAGGAGCUUGGCUAUGAAGUGGUGGAGGAGGCGAUUGACACCAUGACCGGGGUAGCCUGGUAUAUCAACGACAUGAAGAGGAAGCACGAGCAUGCUGUGAGGCUUCAGGAGGUCCAGUCGCUGCUGCUCAACUGGAAGGGUCCUGACCUGACCACGUACGGAGAGCUCGUUCUCGAGGGAACCUUCCGGCUCCACCGCGCCAAGAACGAGCGCACCCUGUUCCUCUUUGACAAGAUGCUGCUCAUCACCAAGAAACGAGGGGAGCACUACGUCUACAAAACCUUCAUCACGUGCUCCACCUUGAUGUUGAUAGAAAGCACAAGAGAUUCUCUGAGUUUCAGCGUCACACACUACAAACACCCCAAACAGCCUCACACUGUCCAGGCCAGAACGGUUGAAGAGAAGAGACUGUGGGCCCAUCAUAUCAAGAGACUCAUUCUGGAAAACCACCAUGCCAUCAUUCCACAGAAGGCCAAGGAAGCCAUCUUGGAAAUGGACUCCAUCUACCCACACAAAUACAAGUACAGCCCGGAAAGGCUUAAGAAAAGCCUGUCGAGCCAUGCUGCUGAUGACUUCACAGGCGGGGGGAGACAGGGCCGACGGCUGUCUGAACCAGCUAAACAGAUUUUGAAGAACACCAAAGCCAUUCUCAAGCACGCAGAAAGUGAAGGGGCGCUUCAGGCUGACAGUGGCUCCCUACAGGCCGGAGCCAGUGUCGGAACCCUGGCUUCAAGCCUAGGCGAGUCUGAGGCUGAAAGGCCUAGUAUGGAGGAGGAUGAGGAGGAGGCAGACUAUGAAGAGCUUGGCCUCAGUAAGGAAUCCCUUGAGCGGCUCAACCCUAGUGACAGUGAGAUGCCUAGUCAAGGGGUCGAGCUCCCAGCUUUCAGGGCUGAGGAGGGAGAGGAUGAGGAAGAUGAGAUACUGAUGGGGGACGACCAGGUAGCAGACUUUGCCAGCUCAAUGCUGGCGGCCAUCUCCUGCUGGCACUAUAGGGCCAGGGCUUUGCUUUCCGCUCGGUUCACAACGAAUGGAGAAGGGUGUGACCUUAUUGAAGAAAAUGGGUUCCAGAGACAGAAUAGCCAGUCAGCUGGGAACGAGGAGCAGCACAGGAGUAUGGAAGGUGGUUAUUUAAUAGAACAGACUGCAGGAGAGGUGGAGCAGGUACUCAAUGAAGAGACUCAUUCCGAGAGUGAAGACAGAUGUUCAGAAGAGCAUCCUUCAGACUCUGAGCCUGUAAGUAUUGCUGGACAGCCCCCUGAUGCUCCUGAAGCCACUGAGCAUCCUGAACCCGAGGAUGACCAAACAGAGGAAAGGCAGGAAACAGCCCUGGAGUCUGUCUCAGCUGACGCAGCAGAAGAACCAAAGACACUGAGCAGUGGAGAGUCUUCCGAAGAGGAAGAGGAGGAAGAACCAUCCACAGAAUGUGAGCCUCAGGGCAUCCUCCCUCCGUCCGUGCUAGAUCAGGCCAGUGUGAUUGCAGAGCGGUUCCUGAACAAUCUCUCCAGACGGGACAGUUUGAUAAUGGAGGACGGCAGGUCCCUGAGCUGCACUUCUCCAAGACUGACCAGCAGAAGCAGCAGUGUCCUGAGUCUAGACGCUAUAGAAAAGGCCCAAAAACACUCCAGCACGUCAUCAGAACCUCUAGGGAUGUUCACCUCUCAAGAAGCCACAGCUCUUCAAGCCAACAGUACUCAGGAGUCCACCUCAGUAUUGUCUCCAAACUCGGAUAAUCUUUUCGAGCUGGAAAGAACACCUUACAAACGAAUGGACUCCACUUUAUCCAAGCAGGACAGGCUCCUCAUUGACAAGAUUAAGAGUUAUUACGAUCACGCAGAACACCAGGAUUCCAGCUUUAGUAUCAAGAGGAGGGAAAGCUUGACCUAUAUCCCACCGGGACUCGUUAGGAACUCUGUUUGCAGGUUCAACAACAUUCCCAAGGAUGAACCUGCCCCCGAGGUGGCUGUGAGGAGGGGAAUUGGUGGCUCUGCUUGUACUGUUAACAGCAGACCAGCUUCAUGGACUGUGUUUGAUCUUCCAGCUAUGGGUAAGAACAGUGGGCCUGAACCCAUAGCUCCAAAACUUGAGGAAUCUAGUAGCCUUCAACAUAGUGAGACCGGGUCAUUGAGUGCUGAAAAUCAUUUCCAGAAUCCUGUAACAGAUGAAGAAUUUAAGCCAUCAACAGAGAUGAUUAAAGUGUGGCAGCGGAUGGAAAAGGAAGUCAAUAGCACUCACAUGGAGCAUUCAAGGACAGAGAUUCCAGAGGAAGUACAUCCCUCAGGGAGACCAAGCCCACACUUAUCAAGAAAGGGGCAGGUUAGUAAUGGCAGUAUUGCUCCAAAGUACAACGAACCCCUCAUGAUACUCGAAGACGGCGAUCUGAGCACCAUCACAGAAGAGUCUUCAAACUCAUCACCAGACAAAGGCUCCCCAAGGACAAUGCUGUUUGGAAGAAAGCCUAGCUGGCAUGGAAGUGAGGGAAACAAUGAGAGCAAUGGUGUGAGGACCUUGAGGGCGCCCACCCCGAGGAUCAUCCAUUUGGGUUCUUGUUUUGACGACGAGAUGCAGGACAUGGAACAGGUCAAGAAUAGGGUGUUUCAGCUUGCCCGGCAUUUCAGUCAGAGAACAAAGACCAACAAGCCUGUGGUGAAGCAGAGAGGAAUGGACGGUGCGGGACAGCUGAAGAAAAGGAACCUGCCCUCUGUGCAGGAAGAGGAGAAGACGGAGAAAGAAAAUAAAGGGAAACCAAACCUGACCCUGUCCCUUCCUGUGUACGACAAAGUAAUUCUCCAAGAGCUAAGCCCAUCACCACAGCACAAGUCUCCAGCACAGCAGUGCCCAAGUCCUGUCCACACUCCUGGCUCCUCUGUGAGCAGCCCCAGAAUACCGUCCCCAAGCAGAUCCCGCUCCAAGAGCCCCCUCAGCCCUGUUCAGUCAGAGAGCUUUCACUGGCCUGACGUUCAGGAGCUGAGGUCCAAAUACGUCAAGAAAGAAACCGAAAGUGGGCAGUCCAAGCUUCUUUCAGUGGCCAGGAGCUGUUCUGUUCCUGAAAAGAUGCUGGAAUUCCCAGAAGGGAGAAGCUCAAAUUUUAACUCCACAGCGAACAUUCAGUUUGGCGUCCGCGGCAGAACAGCUUCCACCAGCGCAGCCGAACACCGGACCACCAAGGCUCUUCAGCUGGACAAGGCAGAGGGCUUUAGCCACCCCCAUGCCCAGAUCUGCAGGACUGGUUCCUUAGAUCAGAGGAUAAGCGGACAUCAUUUGGAUGACUUUAAAAACCUCAGAAAUGAAGACAAAUUAAAAAAUAUGUUUUAUGUUUCUGGACACACCACCUUGCCCAGUGAGCAAAAGGUCAUAGUUAUGGAAAAGGUACCGCAGAAGAACAUUGAUGUUGAUAUUGUAGAGACAGGGGAGGACCUCGAGGACGACGAUGACAGCUUUGUGCAAAUCCGAUCUCCAACCACUAGGGAGAAGAUCUCCAUCAGGGCGGUUAUUGAGAGGUGCAAGGCCUACCAGGAGUCUGAAGAGUACCGUCAACGAGAGGACAGUGGCAAGCCCGACCAGGGGACAAUGAAAGGAAAGGCUAAAGAACAAGACAGGCCAGCCUUCUCAAAUGACCAGAACGUUGCGUACAGAAGAGGUUCUGUACCGGCAGCAAAAAAGACUGACAUUAACCAACAAAGCUUGGUGAAAAACUUAAGAGAGAAAUUUCAAAAUUUAAGCUCAAAUACCUAGACACUUCAAAAAAAGUUUCAUUAUUAUUAUUUUUUUUUAAUCUUGUACAUUUUUUAAUACACUGAAAUUAAUACUUACAAUGCCAAUACAUUGAUUUCUUGUCCAUAAAUCUUUAUAGUGGCAUGUAAGACAGACGUUUAAAGAUUAGGAAAUUAUUUUAAUUGCAGCUCCAGGUUUUUGUUUCUGUUAUAAAUGUAUGAUGAUGAUGAUGAUGAUGAUGAUGAUGAUGAUGAUAUUUUCAUAAUACAUUUUGUAGUAUAUUGAAGCGAAGAGAAGGUGAAUCCCUGUUCACCAGAAGCAAAACAGAUUAAGUAAAUUCUGUAUUAAAAUACCACUUCACAGGUAGCUUCAUUACAUUGAACUGCCAUGGUUUGUUGAACCAACAGUGCUAUCCGUUAUGUUCAAAUAGUUUUCAGCUAAAUGGUGAAAAGGGAUCGCUUAAUCUAAAUCAUUUCUCUUUACUUGAUUAGCAUCGACGGCUGUGCUCAUCUGCUGUCAUGUUCUGUGAAGCAGAAAUUGUUGCUGCUUUCACGGCUACAGGAUUUAAAAAAUACAGACUCUGCAAAGAAUAAUUUUCUUGUAUUUUUAUUUCAAGUGCUUGUGAGGCCUUCAGUAUAGGGGACUUUCUCUUUAAACAAAGCAUUAACUGAUCUGUGGAGUAAAAUGUCUCUGAAGUGGCCACGUAAUCCACUUCAACAUGCUUUUGGGGGUGAUUCUCAGUACAACACAUUGUAAAACUGGAAUGGAAUUGGAUGAUGGCCAAUCAUAACAGCCCAAUAUGGAGCUUUUUGAAUGCAUGUAAUUGAAUAAUUUUGUUUUAAAAUGGGUUAGGUGGACCAAUAGUGACUGUAGUAUAUAUUAUGAUUAAAUAUUUGUCUAGCUUUCUGGGACAAAAUUGUGGCUCCACUGCCAACCGGAAUAUAUAGAGAGGAGUCAAUACUGACGGUAAUACAGUGUACUGGAAGGGACUAAUUCACAGAGGAAAGAGCCAGACUCUGAUAAAUAUAAUAGUUUGUUUUUUUGUCUACCCCCUAGUGGAUAAGACUAGGCUUUAUUACCAGUUGUGACCUUGUGACAAGCAAGCAUUCCCCACAGUCAAACAAAUCUGAGAUGAACAGUACACUCACUAACUACAAGGAAAUAAGUAGCAAGUAGCCAAAAUAUAAAUGCAAAGAUUCAACCAGCCUAAAGUUAACAUUGCUGUAUUAAGCAAAAACGCAUUCAAAAAUAACAAUACAAAUAUAGAUCAUUAGCCUGUCUGACAUGAAUGUAACUAUUAAAAAAAAAAAAAAAAAUGUGAUCUUUAUAUAAAGUGAUUUAAAUCAUGCAUUUCGUGGCACCAUAGGUAAUUUCCCUUUUUUUUGUUUCUGAAGGCAAACAAUGAAUGUGCAUCACCCCAGCCACCUAAAAAAUGUCAAUACAUGUCCACAAUAUAACGUAGGUCAAUGCAAAUAUUUUCUGCAUCAAAAUGGAUUUCCUUUGAUGUGUGACUCUCGGUUCCCUAACCUGACCAUAACCUUUUUAAAUGGCACCUUCCUGUAGGAGAUUAACGGAAUGAAAAUGUACCCAUAAGACACAUUAAUCAACCAGUACACACAAGAGUUGGUGGUGUAAGUUACUGGCUAUAUUCAAGUACCGGUUACCAGAUGAAAUACUCGUCGAUGAAAGCCAAACCUUCCAUCAAUGCAGAAUCUGUAGUGAUGAUGUCAUUUGAACUUGGGAACUAAUCUCGAUCUACUAUUUUCCUGUUAUUUAUUUUUCUGGUGUAAAUAUGAUAUAAAAAAUAUUCCUGUCUUUCUAUAAAUACAGUAUAUAUUAUCCAGUUUAAAACGCACUGUAAAUAAAUGUGUUGUCAUUUUAUGCAUUCCACAUUAAAAACAAUGUAUAUA